CUGAGGAUGCAACUGUAGGGAUGCAGUCGCGUGCAUGUGGGAUCCGUCAUGCUGCUUGGGAAAAUCUUUCAGUUUUGAUUCACAGCUAAACCUAUUUAAAAAAAAAAUUAUGGAUAAUUGGAAACCUCCAAGGAGGACGAUUCGGGGAUUUAUUUGCACCACGCGAAUAUGUUGUCUUUUAUGGCUCUGAAACAGAUCGGAGAAACAAAAGCGUGCUCCGUCUCGAGUGCUUAUGAAUACCAGUGCGAUGAGAAACAAGGAUAUAAAAGCCGAUUCUUUAUUGUACAACGAUGCUUCAUUUGUAUUUAUUAUUUCGAUUUAUUUAUCUUUAUCUGUGUUCCAGCAAACACGAGACUGAAACGAGAAUAAACCAUUUAACACCUCAACGUUUCAACUGUGUGCCCGACUGGAAUAAGGAUUUGCAAAACUAUUUUGUGCACGACGGCAUUUAACAGGACUCCCAGAAAGAAAUGGACAACAAAAGUUUAACAAUUUCAUAAAAACUCAGUGGUGAUCAUAAACAAAACCAUCCUUAUUGGUGGUGUUAUUGUGUAUUUUGCGUACUUGACACGAUGAAGUGCACAUCUGAUUUUACGGAUCUUUCUGGAUGGACUCAAAUGAACAGUAAGAGCCCAGACAUCUCUGCUGAUAGCUCUGUCUGUGUAGACUUGCUCACAUAAGUGAGAGAAAAACAUCCAUGCUAUAAAAGAUCAACACUAAACAGGCUCCAGUCACCUGAAUUUUGGGUGAUGUUUCUGUGAUGAGAAUGCGAUUUCCUCUGAAGAAAAUCCGCAAGCAGUUCAAACUCCUCCUGCUACUCGUUUUGCUCAUGUUUGCCAUUGGAUUCACAUAUCUUCACAUCAAUCAAGGCAAAGCCAUCAAACUCCAUUUCAACUAUGGGAAAGAUAUGGAAAGGCAGGCAGACGGGAUGGGCUCCAGUCAUAAGAAACAUCCUCCAUCGUCUCUCAUUCCCUCUGAGCUGAAGGAUGCUGCUGACAGUCGAGAGGAGAGUUGGGGGGGAGAAGAGCUUGGUGAGUCUGUUCAAGAAAGCCGUGCCAUCUCUGAGAUGCGCAGACUCCUCAGUCAGAAGUUCCUCAGGUUGCCAUGGAAACCGGAGUAUAAAGGUCAAGCCAAUCUGCAUGUGUUUGAGGACUGGUGCGGCUCAUCUAUAUCUCAGCUCAGGAAGAAUCUUCAUUUUCCUCUCUAUCCACAUACCAGGACUACCGUGAAGAAAAUUGCAGUGGCUCCCAAGUGGAAGAACUACGGCCUUAGAAUCUUUGGAUUCAUUCAUCCUUAUAAAGACGGCGAUUUCCAGUUUGCUAUUGCAUCAGAUGACAACUCUGAACUGUGGCUAAGCUCAGAUGAGAGUCCGCUGAAUUCCCGACUGCUGGUGUACGUUGGACAGCAGGGUUCAGAAUGGACAGCUCCAGGAGAGUUCACCAAGUUCAGAUCCCAAACUUCAAAACCUGUGCGUCUUAUGUCCUCACGGCGAUACUACUUUGAGAUUUUGCACAAGCAAGAUGACAGAGGUUCCGAUCAUGUGGAGGUGGCGUGGAGACCUUUCCUGCCUGGCCUUAAGUAUGAUGUCAUUGACUCAGCGUAUAUCUCCAUGUACACAGAUGAAUCAAAUCUGACGAUGAACCGAGUAAAGCACAUCCCACAGACGCUGGCCAGCCACUCUCUUACUCUGCAUGUUAAGCACAGGACAGAGACACAGACUGCAGACAUGCUCAAACCAGACCCUCGAGACACCUUCUACAAGAUUCCCAUGAUACAUCAGUCCAGGCUGGAGAAUGUUCUUCCAUCUUGCGUGUACUCUCCUACAUACGUUGUGAAGGAUUUUCCUAUUGCACGCUAUCAGGGUCUGCAGUUUGUUUACCUUUCCUAUGUGUAUCCAAAUGACUUCACCAGACUGAGUCAUAUGGAGAAAAAGAACAAAUGCUUUUACAGAGAGUCUCCUGUCUACUUAGAAAAAUUUGGCUUCUAUAAAUACAUGAAGAUGGAUGAGGAGGAAGGUGACCAGCCUGUUUUCUUCUCCAAACCUGAUGAUUUUCUGGAGGAGGAAGAGGGUGUCGACCCAGAGGAGACGAUCAAUUCCAGUAAGCGGCCAGCCGGGAGGAUAGCAUUUACCAGUCCAACCAAUAAGAUGUCAAGGUCCACAGCAACCUCUACCUCGAAGCAAGCGAGGGAGUACAGUCAGUUUAAAGAGCAAGAUGAGAGUAAAAGAAAGAGAGAGGAAAGAUUUUAUAAAAACUCUCUGCACCAGGUGGUAAAUGAUCAAAUGCCACAAACUAAAUAUUUGGGGCAAACUAAAGGUAGUGUGGGUACAUUGGAGUCUCAAAGUGGAGCUCCAAAUGAACAGGCAAGCGAAGAGGACAGGGACAUCCAAACCGUUGGGUUUUUUCACAGAGGUCGUUCAUUAGCUUGGCUCCUCCCUGACCCGGGCCUGCCCGGUAAAAGCAAACUAACAGAAACUGCCAACACACAUGUGAAGGGAAGGUCUCUUCCUAAACUUCCUCAUAAAUCCCCUCUUUAUGUUUUGGCUAAUCGGAUUUUAAGUAAUGUGGGUAAGUUUGUUGAUGGGACCAACGUGGAGAAAGACAAUAGCACUGACAAUAUUUACAUUACUAGACUUCGGCCACCAAGAGAAAAAGGAGUACAUAAAUCUCCAGUGGAGGUUUUUCCUGGUAUCUUUCUUUAUCAAUCUAGAAAGCCCAAGCGGCCUGUGGACUUGAGUUCAAAAUGGAGGUCUUUAAAAACACAAUCAGCUGCUCUCCCCUUUCCAAACUUCCCUCUAAUGGACCAUAAAACUUCCACCCAACUAUCUCUUUCAAAGAACAGUCAUACUUCCUUUCCUACAGAGCCUGGGCCUUAUUAUCAGGGUAACCCUCCAACUUCCAUAUCAGAUCCAAAUAGCUUGCCCCCAUUAAGCUCCGAAAACAGACCCCACCCUAGGCUAAACUCGUCUGAGAUCGGCCAGCCUCCGGAGCUGCAGGCAACAAAGAUUUCGGAGAUGCUGGAGGGUUCAGACAUGGUUCAGCAGAGCAGGGGUCUUGAGGAAGAGGAGAUAUCAGAGUACAGUUACGAGGAAGCAGAACUGAGGCCACGCUUGACGGAGGAGGCCAUCAACUGGCAGCGCACCUUCAGCGUGAACCCCAUGGACUUUGAGCUUCUGAGGUCAGACUGGAAUGACCUGAGGUGUAAUGUUUCGGGGAACCUGCAACUUGCAGAGAAUGAAGCUGUUGAUGUGAUUUCGCAGUAUAUGGAGAAGCUGAACGAGCGGAGGGGAGGGAUCUACACUCUCCUCCGUAUAGUAAAUAUAGAAAAGCGGAGAGAUUCAGCCAGGGGCAACCGUUAUUUAGUGGAGCUACUGUUGAUGGAGGAAGGGAAGAGGGUUGUGCGCCUGUCAGAGUACAUCUAUCUCCUGUUGCACCGCAGUCGACAUGAGGAUGGACUUGAAAGCAAAGAAGGAACCGUAGCCUUCUCCUACCAUGGGCCAUCCAAAAACCCACCUCCCAGCAGCCCCAGUACCCAAACUCAUACCACCACACCCUGGAGCAGCAGCUGGGCCAAACCCUUGCUCUGCCAGCCAUCCAUGUUAGAGUGGAGGCAUGAUGUGAUGGUACACUUUGUUGUGCCAGUGAAGAAUCAGGCUCGAUGGGUGCAGCAGUUCAUCUCAGAUAUGGAGCUUCUGCACCAUGAGACCAAAGAUGACAAUUUCAGCGUGAUCAUUGUGGACUUCCAGAGCGAUGACAUGGAUGUGGAGCAGGCACUGAAAAAGAGUACUGUUCCCAGGUAUGAGUAUCUGAGAAGAGAGGGGAACUUUGAGAGAUCCUCUGGUUUACAGAUGGGUGUGGACACCAUAAAGGACAAUCAUAGCAUAGUGUUCCUAUGUGACCUGCACAUCCACUUUCCUCACAACAUCCUGGAGAGCAUCAGGAAGCACUGCGUAGAAGGCAGACUAGCGUUUGCACCCAUUGUAAUGAGACUGGACUGUGGGAGUUCACCGUUAGAGCCUGAUGGCUAUUGGGAAGUAAAUGGCUUUGGCUUGUUUGGAAUUUAUAAGUCUGAUUUUGAUAAAAUUGGUGGCAUGAACACAGAGGAGUUUAAAGACCGUUGGGGAGGAGAGGACUGGGAGCUGCUGGAUAGGGUUCUCCAGAAUGGCCUAGAAGUAGAAAGACUGAGAUUGAGGAAUUUUUACCACUAUUUCCACUCUAAGCGGGGCAUGUGGAACUCUCCCAUUAAAAGAGAAUCUCAGGGGUAGCAGACCAACGCUGCUGAGUUGUUGCUGCCUGCGAGAUGUUUCUCCCCCAGACACUUCAGGAAACUCAUUACUAGGAGAUACGUGGGCUCUUCACACUGUGUUCAAUGCUUUGAUGAAGUUUGAUGAACAAGGAUUUCUUAAGGGCUUUGUGAACUUUUUAUUAAUGGGUAAAACAUAAAACUACAGUAGGCCUAUGAGGACAUCACAAGAAUGGAAAUGAGAAGGUGCUUGUACAAGAGACACUGUAAAUGCUGUUUUGCCUAACACAGCAUUUCAAAGGGACAUUUGAGGGGCUUAACCAAUACACUGCUGAGUAGUUGUAAAUAGCAAACGUUUUCUUAGUAUUAUAUGAUAGACGGUGCCAAAACGUUAAGAUUUACAACCCAGAUAAAUUGUGAUGAAGGGAUAAUUUCUGUGAAAUUGUUUG